CGCCACCACCCUGCCACCCGCCUGCCCGCAGAACCUGCACGGGGCGCUGCCUGCGAUCAUGCUGCCUGUGUGGUUCACGGACAACUUGGAGGCAGCCGCCACCUACGUGCAGAACCAGAGCGAGGACUGCCUGUACCUCAACCUCUACGUGCCCACCGAGGACGGUCCGCUCACAAAAAAACGUGACGAGGCGACGCUCAAUCCGCCAGACACAGAUAUCCGGGACUCGGGGAAGAAGCCUGUGAUGCUGUUUCUGCACAGCGGCUCCUACAUGGAGGGCACCGGGAACAUGUUCGAUGGCUCUGUCCUGGCCGCCUAUGGCAACGUCAUUGUAGCCACGCUCAACUACCGGCUUGGGGUGCUCGGUUUCCUCAGCACUGGGGACCAGGCUGCGAAAGGCAACUAUGGACUCCUGGACCAGAUCCAGGCCCUGCGCUGGCUCAGUGAAAACAUCGCCCACUUCGGGGGUGACCCCGAGCGCAUCACCAUCUUUGGGUCUGGGGCAGGCGCAUCCUGUGUCAACCUUCUGAUCCUCUCCCACCAUUCAGAAGGGUUAUUCCAGAAGGCCAUCGCCCAGAGUGGCACUGCCAUUUCCAGCUGGUCUGUCAACUAUCAGCCGCUCAAAUAUACGCGGCUGCUGGCGGCCAAGGUGGGCUGUGACCGGGAGGACAGUGCUGAAGCUGUGGAGUGUCUGCGCCGGAAGCCUUCCCGGGAGCUGGUGGACCAGGACGUGCAGCCCGCCCGCUACCAUAUCGCCUUCGGGCCCGUGGUGGACGGCGACGUCGUCCCCGAUGACCCCGAGAUCCUCAUGCAGCAGGGAGAGUUCCUGAAUUACGACAUGCUCAUCGGUGUCAACCAAGGAGAGGGCCUCAAGUUCGUGGAGGACUCAGCAGAGAGCGAGGACGGCGUGUCCGCCAGCGCCUUUGACUUCACGGUCUCCAACUUUGUGGACAACCUGUAUUCCUACCCGGGGGGCAAGGACGUGCUGCGGGAGACCAUCAAGUUUAUGUACACAGACUGGGCCGACCGGGACAACGGUGAGAUGCGGCGCAAGACCCUGCUGGCACUCUUUACUGAUCACCAGUGGGUGGCACCAGCCGUGGCCACCGCCAAGCUGCAUGCCGACUACCAGUCCCCCGUCUACUUUUACACCUUCUACCACCACUGCCAGGCUGAGGGCCGGCCCGAGUGGGCAGACGCAGCGCACGGGGACGAGCUCCCCUACGUCUUUGGCGUGCCCAUGGUGGGCGCCACCGACCUCUUCCCCUGCAACUUCUCUAAAAAUGACGUCAUGCUCAGUGCCGUGGUCAUGACCUACUGGACCAACUUCGCCAAGACCGGCGACCCCAACCAGCCGGUGCCGCAGGACACCAAGUUCAUCCACACCAAGCCCAACCGCUUCGAGGAGGUGGUGUGGAGCAAGUUCAACAGCAAGGAGAAGCAGUACCUGCACAUUGGCUUGAAGCCGCGCGUGCGCGACAACUACCGUGCCAACAAGGUGGCCUUCUGGCUGGAGCUCGUGCCCCACCUGCACAACCUGCACACGGAGAUCUUCACCACCACCACCUGCCAGGGCUGA